GUUGAAGCUACAUUAAAUAAGCUUGAUGUUAAAAGUACAGAUUUAGUGCAGUGUGUCUCGGUGCCUUGGACCAUGAGAGUGAAGGUUAUUUCCAUUUUGGAGGACAACUACAUGUACUUGGUAAUAGAUGAACAAAGUAAAGAAGCCAUUGCUGUAGAUCCUGCUGUACCUCACAGGCUGCUUGAGAUAAUAAAAAGAGAAGGAGUGAGACUCACAUCUGUACUAACUACUCACCAUCACUGGGACCAUGCACGGGGCAAUGAGGCUCUGCUAAAGGACCUCCCUGAAUUACAAGUGUACGGAGGAGACGAGCGCAUCACAGGACUGACCCACAAAGUUACUAAUGGCCAGGAGCUCAAGUUUAACACUAUAAAUGUGAGGUGCCUCUUCACACCAUGCCAUACUUCUGGACACAUGUGCUACUUCCUGUGGGAAGACAACUGCCCUGAUUCCCCUGCGGUGUUCACUGGGGACACGCUGUUUGUCGGUGGUUGUGGGAAAUUCUUUGAGGGGACGGCAGAGCAGAUGUACCACAACCUGAUGGAGGUGCUGGGAAAGCUGCCCCAGGACACUAAAGUCUUCUGUGGUCAUGAAUACACAAUAAAAAACUUGAAGUUUGCAAUGCUUGUAGAACCAGAGAACGAGAGGGUGAAGGAGAAGCUCAGCUGGGCUCGGGAGAGAGACGACGACGACAAGCCGACGGUACCGUCAACGUUGUCGGAGGAAUUUGAAUACAAUCCGUUCCUCCGUCUCUCUGAGGAGGGCGUGCAGAAGUUUACAGGGAAGUCAGACCCUAUUGAGGUUCUCCGUGUGCUACGAAAAGAAAAGGACAACUUCAAGAAGCCCAAAGAGCGCUUACCUCCGCAUGCUCUGCUCGCUCUGGAAUGGGGUCUGUUCAGACCAAAACUCACUUAAACACAUCAUUGGACUAAUGCACUGCACACUGACCAUGCUGAGAGUGCCACCGUUUAUUGCUGAAGUAAUGCCAUUCCGAAGGAACGUGAUUAUAUAUUUAACCUGCUGCUUCGAUUGCUUGGUUUAUGCAUAAAUUAUCUUUUCACAAUGAAGAGGCAUUUAUUUGAAUGUGCUUGAUUUCUGCUUGUUUAUGCACAUUUGCACUAAUUACCUGAAUGAUACUGUAAAUAACAUGUAUAAUUAUUUGUAAUGCAUGCAUGCAUUUAAUGGGCAUUUUUUUUGGUUUAACAAAAGGAUGAUUACUCUCCAUGGAUUGAAUA